AUGGCUCCAGGCGCAAUCUUUCCUACUGAUGACGGCCUUGACAUCUGUCAAGAGCCAGUCUCCAUCCCUCAGAGCAUUGCCUUGUCUCUGAAUGUCAAACACACAGAGAUAGAAGACCUGUAUCAGUGCACACCCUUGCAAGAAGCCUUGAUCACUCUUUCCACCAAGGGUUCUUCAGCUUAUGUGAAGCAUGUGGUUUUGUCUUUGAACCCCAAUGCAGACACUGAAAGGCUUCGACUGGCAGUUGAAGAUGCUGUCAAAGCCAUCCCCGUAUUGCGCACUCGCAUUGCCCAUUCCGAUCACCUCGGUUUCAGGCAGGUCGUCCUCUCGAAAAAGGUCGAAUGGUCCGAGGCAGCUUCUCUAGAAGAAUGUCAGGAGAAGACAGAGUCGGAGAAAUGGGGCAUUGGCGACCCCUUGGUGCGCUAUACACUGGUAAAGGAUGCCCAGGGAGCGACACGGUGGUUUGUCUGGGCCAUCCACCACGCGCUCUACGAUGGCUGGACGUUCCCACUCAUGGUUGAACAAGUCUGCCAGAGAUAUGAUGGAUGCCUUGUCAAGCCACUUCCAUCAUACAAGCACUUUGUGGAACACAUUGCCAGUAAGAACCAGAAUGGUUCAGAGCAGUACUGGCAAUCUGCCCUCACAAAUGUCCAACACUCGCCCUUUCCAGCACUUCCAGAACUUUCAUAUGCGCCAAAGGCCGACAGCACAGUGGAGCAUCUUUGUCCUCCAAUACCCAGAGUCCAGGGCAUUUCGAGGACAGCACUCCUUCGUGCAGCAUGGGCCUUGGUUAUGAAACGCUUCCAUGAUUCAGAGGACACCAUCUUUGGGACUGUCAUUUCUGGUCGGCUUGAGGCUCUCAAAGGCAUUCAGUCCCUCAUCGGCCCAACCGUCUCUACUGCUCCCAUGCGUAUCAAGGUCAACCACAAUGAUACCGUGGAGAGCUAUCUCGGGGCAAUAGAGACGCAAGGACAUGAGUUGAACUCAUUUGGCCAGUACGGUCUGCAUCAAAUCUCCAAACUUGGCAAUGAUGCUCGCCAGGCUUGCGGCUUCCAGACUCUGCUCGUGGUACAGCCCGGAGAAGAGACUCAUGCCAUUGCGAGCAACGUAGGCGAGUGGAAACGUCUAGAGACUGACGUCGGCCGCUCAUCCUAUGCAUUGACCAUUCAGUGCUUCAUCAAUCAGACAGGAAUCAGGAUGGUCGCCAUCUUUGAUUCCGUGACAAUCGACUCGUGGAAGGCACAGAAAAUGCUCGAGCAGCUCGCUUUCGUCACGCAACAACUGGCUGAAUCUCCUCCGUCGCGAUCCGUGACUGAUGUUAACACGACCAUGUCCCCGAGCGAUUUGCAAGACAUAUGGCGGUGGAACUCGGAGGUGCCACCUGCUGAAGAGACUUGCGUGCACGACUUGAUCUCGACAGUGGCAAGCAGGCAGCCAGACGCUCUAGCAAUAUGCGCUUGGGACGGAAACCUGACCUACAAGGAAGUCGACGAAAUGUCAACACGCGUCGCGCGCCACUUGGUCAGCAAAGGGUUUUCUGUACAGUCCAUGGUCCCACUAUGUCUUGAAAAGUCCAAAUGGACCGCGGUGGCAAUGCUGGGCGUUAUGAAGGCUGGUGGCGUAUCGAUCGCAUUAGAUACUACGCAGCCAGAGGACCGCCUGAAGAGUAUCGUUGAACAAGUCCAGCCAGAAUUCAUCAUUUCAUCGGUUAAGAACAAGUCGCUGGCGCAACGCGUUGGCGGCUGCAAUGUGGUUGUCAUUGGACAAGAAUCCUUUGCCACUAUGGACACGAUGCCAGUUACCAUAAUGCCAAGCGUCCUUCCAUCCUAUAAGCUAAUGGUGCUCUUCACUUCUGGAAGCACAGGCUCUCCAAAGGGUGCAGUCAUGACACAUUCUUCGUUUUCGACUGGUAUCAAACAUCACGGAUCUGUUUUUGGAAUCGGCCCCGGUGAGCGCGUGUAUGACUUUGCAUCAUACAGCUUUGAUAUCGCUUGGUUCAACGUGCUGCAGGCAUUUUCACACGGUGCUUGUCUUUGCGUUCCCUCGGAAUCGGAGCGAAAAGAUGACUUGGAGAAUUCAAUAGCUCGAUUCAAGGCGACUGUCCUAUUCUUGACUCCAUCAGUCUGCCGGCUCUUACACCCUGACAACCUCCCAGAUGUCAGGUGCGUGGCCUUGGGUGGCGAGCCACAGAAAUGGACCGAUUUCCAGUCAUGGCCUGCAAACGUGCGAAAGCUCAGCGUGUAUGGUCCUGCUGAAUGCACUGUCGUAUCAGCCGCUACCGAUGCCAAAAUUCUGCAACGUGGCGACAUGUAUAUUGGUAAAGGCCUCGGCAGCGCCAACUGGAUCUUGACCAACUCUGAAACCCCGACACUGGCCCCGGUCGGCACGGUCGGCGAGCUCUGGAUAGAAGGACCUCUAGUCGGCCAAGGUUAUAUCAAUCGUACCAAUGAAGCAUUUGUUGAGAAUCCUUCUUGGUUGCUCCAAGGAUGCUCUAGCCAUCCUGGCCGCCGCGGUCGGCUCUACAGAACGGGAGAUCUUGUGCGCUACAAUCCUGACGGUACCCUCGCAUUCGCCGGCCGCAAAGACAAUCAGGUCAAGAUUCGAGGACAACGAGUUGAGUUGGGUGAAAUCGAACACCACAUCCGCCGACAGCUUAAUGAAGUUUGUCAUCCUAAACCCUUUGACGGGCUUGUGGUGGCAGAUUUGAUAGUGCCUGAAAGCAGUAGCAAUCCGACUUUGGUCGCAUUUGUUCACCAGAAAUCGGACCAUGUGGGGUUAGAUGAAAUCCAGUCAGAAGAAGCGUGGUCCGAAGCAAUUCAUCAGCUUGUAGAUGGUUUAUACGAGCGCUUGUCUGAUGUUCUGCCUUCGUACAUGGUUCCUAAUGCAUUCAUUCCAGUCAGAAAAGUCCCCAUGACAAACAACGGCAAGACAGAUCGACGGCAGCUGCGCGACAUGGGACGUACCAGUUUUCGCGCUUGCACCCUCAGAGAGCAAGACACCAUGAGAAUCACCCCGUCCAACAAUGUCGAAAGAAUCCUUCUGGAGGUUUGGGCAGAAGUACUCAACAUGGGGUCAAGCGACAUCUCGACAGAUGUCUCGUUCCUGCGUAUCGGCGGAGAUUCCAUCACGGCCAUGCAAGUAGUAUCACGGUGUCGAUCUCAAGGCAUUCUCCUUACAGUAGGGGAAAUGAUCCGAGAGCAAACAAUCCAGAAGAUUGCAAAGAUCUGCACCGUUGCGACACAUGUGUCUUCUCUCGUUGAAGAGGAACCAGAGGGAAUCGCCUGGGCGUUAUCACCGAUACAGCAAAUGUUCCUCGAGUUCCACCCAGAGGGUCUGAACCAUUUCAAUCAAGGGUUUCUGCUGAAGCUGCGCAACACAAUCCCUAGCGAUGUCAUUCAAAGUGCGUUGGAGGUUGUGGUUGAUCGGCAUUCGAUGCUCCGCGCACGCUUUCAGCAGAAUGAACAUGGCAAGUGGACGCAAGUGGUUUCCGAAAACGGCCCGACUUCGUUUCGAUUCGAUGAAGCUUCUGUAACAUCGAUAGGUCAAGUCGAUGAGUUUGUGAAUGCUCAGCAUGAUAGUAUCGACAUUGUCAAUGGCCCAGUAUUUGCAGCUGGUCUCCUCACUGAUGCGCAAGGAGUACAGUUCCUGUCGCUCGUGGCCCAUCAUCUAGUCAUUGACCUGGUGUCAUGGCGGAUUCUGUGGCAUGAAGUUGAAUCCAUGGUCAGAAAAGGAGAAAGCCUUGCGCAUCGGCCGACGUCGUUCCAUUCCUGGUGCGAAUUGCAGCAAAAGGAAAGCCGGUCACUUUCGCUGGACCGAGUCCUUCCCUUUCCCUUUAACCGCCCCAACUUGGAGUACUGGGGUAUAUCCGCAGCGGAAAAUACGCAUGGAGGUAUCAAGAAUUACAACAUCCAUCUAGAUGUUGAUACGACCAAUCUCUUGCUCGGCAAAAGCAACCAAGCUUUUGGUACUGAAGUCACCGACAUCUUGGUGGCAGCCUUGGACUAUUCAUUCCAACAAGUUUUCGCAGACCGUCAGCCACCCCCAGUCCAUUUGGAAGGCCACGGUAGGGAGCCUCUUGGCCAAGUCGAGGUUGAUCUUUCAGAAACCGUGGGCUGGUUCACUACCAUGUACCCUCUUCAGCUUCCCGUAGCGGCCGCCGAGCAAGACAUGGCCGACUGGGUCAGGAUCGCCAAGGACCUUCGACGUCGUGUCCCUGGCAAGGGGCGUCCCUAUUUCAAUCACCUCUAUGGAACGCCCAGAGACGGUCAACUCUUUUCUGAAGACGACGUUCCCGAGGUAACACUCAAUUUCACCGGCGUAUAUCAGCAGUUGGAGAAGAGCAGUGGGCUUUUCCAGCUUCAAGGUAGAUCUGGCGAAUCUGGAAGAUCACUGAGCUCGCUGCCGAGUGCCAAGAGGUUUUGUUUGGUUGAAGUCUUGGUGGGUGUUGCCAAUGGUGUCAUGAGCAUUUCUUUUGCAGUCCACGAAAAGAUGCGGUACCAGCUGCAGUUGGAAGCCUGGAUGACCAACUUUGCGCAGAAGUUGACACUCGCCGCCACCUGUUUGUCCGAGCGGGCACCUUACUUUACACCCAGCGACUUUCCUCUGCUGGAAACCACGUACAAGGAUUUGGACACGCUGAUUGGUCAAACACUUCCCGAAGCGAGCGUGUCGAUAGACAGGGUCCAAGACAUUUACCCCUGCACUUCACUCCAAAAUGGCAUCCUCCUUAGUAUCAGCAAAGGAACCGCAUCCUAUGCAAACUAUUUUGUAUGGGAGUGUCAUGCUCAGAGCAAUAGUCCGAUCCUUGCCGAGCAGCUCAGGACGGCGUGGAUCAGCGUGGCUGCGCACCACCCGAUUCUUUCCACCGUCUUUGUACCGCGCCUCAACGUUGGCGACUUCGUCCAAGUGCUGCUUCAACAACAAUCUCCAAGGGUCUCGGUUAUCAAUUCUGAUGCAAGGCGACCGGCAGAUGUUUUGAAAGAGCUAGAACGACCAGUAUUCACUGCUGGGGAACCAGAGCACGCCUUUACAAUAUGCACGGCCCGGAAUGGCGAUGUGGCUUGUCGGCUGGACGUUACCCACGCCCUGAUUGAUGCUGCAUCCGUUCAAAUCCUGAUGCGCGAUCUCUCAAAGGCCUAUGAUGGCAUGGCAGCGUCUUCAAACGCGCCCUUUAGCCAAUACAUACGACACGUGACGAAUGCGAAUAAUGCUGAAAGUCUCCAGUUUUGGACGCGGCUCCUCGCAAAUACCCAAAGGUGCUACUUUCCGUCAGAGAGCGCCAUUGGUUCGCCCAUACAUGCAAAGUCUCAGACUCGAGUCUCCCUUCCAUUGAGCACAACGUCUGGACUACACCCUUUCUGCCAGAGCAAGGGCAUUACACGCUCAGUCUUCAUGCAGAUAGUCUGGGCCAUUGUGCUAUCCCAGUAUACUGGUUCAAGAGACGUCUGCUUUGGCUAUCUGGCAUCAAGUCGUGAUAUACCCAUCAACGGCAUCGAGAACACGGUCGGGCCAUUGAUCAAUGUCCUGAUCAGUCGCAUCAACCUGGACGGUACCGCUCAGCACGUUGUCUCGGACACUUUUGAGCAAUCUGCCAAGCAGUUGACUUAUCGCUAUACCAGUCUCGCCGAGAUCCAGCACGAGUUGGGUCUCAAUGGUGGACCCUUGUUCAACACUGCAAUGACCGUUCGCGAGUCGCGCCAGGCCAAGGGGCAAUAUGAUGGCGACCUCAGCUUUGAUGAAAUCGACGGGGCAGAUCCGGACGAGUUUGAUGUCACUGUUGUCGUUGGAAUCGAUGGAGUCAGCACAGAUGUCAGUCUUGUUUACCGUGACGGCUUCCUCAGUCCCAUCACAGCGCAAGGAGUUGCUGGUAUGAUGUGUGAUGCGAUUGAGUACAUACUAAGCAUCAAUAUCCAACCCAACGACAACAACAUACAAGAUGAUCUCUGCCUGUAUGAUGCCUUCUUCUUUCACCGCACUGGUUUCCACGAGGAUCUUGGAGUCGAGUUCUGGGGAAAGGAAUUUGAAGGCUCCGAAGCACCGCAAUUUCCUAGUCUGCCGUCGCCUACAUAUACGCCCCGCCUUGAUGAUGCCGUGCAUCACAAUAUUCAAGGCCUUGAUUUCCGCAAUUUGAAAUUUGCGGCAACGACGAUAGUUGUGGCCGCUUGGUCGAUCUUAGCAGCCCGGUAUGCCAGUUCCGACCAAGCUAUAUUUGGAACUGUUGUGGCCAAGCAGACAACGGCACAUCAAAGGGACCAAAUGGGCAGCCGCCCGACUUUCUCACCGACUGACACACUGGGUGUGCCAAUGUUUGUCAAGAUGGAUCAAGCUUGGCGCGUGAGCGAGUUUUUGGCGCAUGUCCAGAAAAAGGAAGAGGACACUGAACAUUUCGGGCAAGUUGGCCGCGAAUGGCUUCGCAGAAUAAGCGAGGAGCUGAGGCGGGCAUGCCAGUACCAGACGCUGUUGGUGGUUCUGCCUGAGCAAUCUGAAGGCGCGCAUUCGAUUCUGAAUAUUCGCGGCCAACGCUCUGAAGGGCACAAGGCCGGCAAAACAGUUGAGCAGGCCGAAGCAGAGUGCUCACUGAUAAUCACGUGUCAGCUCCAAGAACAAGGCGCGGAAUUGUUCAUUUCUUUUGACAGCACAAUUAUCCCCAGGGAACAAAUGACCCGCAUCAUUCAUCAAUUCCAGCACAUCCUGGACCAAGUAUUGAGCUUGGAUCAUGUACAGUUGCAUGAAAUCAGCAUGGCAAGCAGCGCCGACCUCCAUGAGAUUUGGCUUCGCAACGCAACUCCUCCCGAGCCUGUUUCGGCGUGUGUGCAUGAUUUGAUUGCCAAAACUGUCCAGAAACAGCCUGAAGCACCCGCAAUCUGUGCUUGGGAUGGAGGACUCACCUAUCAGCAACUCGAUGCGCUUUCAACCAAGUUGGCGCAGCAACUCUUACAAUUGGGCAUCCCGCUCGAGAGCCCCAUAUGCUUGUGCUUUGAAAAGUCAGUCUGGACGUCUGUAGCCAUACUUGGCGUAAUGAAGGCAGGUGGCGUCUCUGUCAAUCUAGACAUGUCGCAACCCAGAUCUCGUCUACAGUCUAUUGUUGAUCAGGUGGUGCCACGGCUGAUCCUGUCGUCACGAGGAAACAUUGACGUGGCGCGUCAACUCGGACCAUACAAGGUGCUGACAUUGGACAAGGAGCUUGAAACCCUCGCCAACCCAUCCGUCGAGCUGCCUCUGAUUACCUCAAAGAGCCCUCUCUACAUUGUCUUUACUUCUGGCAGCACAGGAACACCAAAAGGAGUUGUGAUCAGCCACAGUAACUUUUCCAGCGCCAUCAACCAUCAACAAGCCCUUGGUUUCAGAUCCACAUCCCGAGUCUAUGACUUUGCCUCGUAUGCUUUCGAUGUAUCUUGGUCGAACUGUCUGCAUACAUUGGCCGCGGGUGGUUGCUUAUGCGUUCCUUCUGAUGAAGACCGCAAACAAAACCUUUUGGAGUCCAUGCGUAAUCUGGAGGCCAAUUAUGUUGACCUCACUCCCACGGUUGCACAAUUUCUAUCGCCUUUGCAGGUUCCUCAGCUCAAGACUCUCAAUCUAGGUGGCGAGGCGUUGGUACCAGGCACAUUCGACCAUUGGCCGGAAGACAUUAGGAUCAUCAAUGCAUAUGGCCCUGCGGAAUGUACAGUUGUCAGCACGUACGCAGAGGUGGGUCGGUCCAAGCAGGAUCUUGGUAUCGGUACGGUAUUAGGUACUGUCACCUGGGUGGUUGACCCUGACACGGACAGGCUGGCUGCCAUUGGCACAGUAGGUGAGCUCUGGAUCGAGGGACCCCUUGUUGCCCAGGGAUAUCUCAACGAUCCCGAGCGAACUGCUCAAUCCUUUGUCCAAGACCCGUCUUGGCUUCUGGCAGGCAGUGCUGGCUUUGCGGGACGUUCUGGCCGACUCUACAAGACUGGCGAUUUGGUCUGUUACAAUGUUGACGGGUCGCUCAGCUAUGUUGGCCGCAAAGAUACCCAGGUCAAGAUCAAUGGCCAACGAGUGGAACUCGGCGAGAUUGAACAUCAUAUUCAAAGAGCCCUUUCCAAUGUUGCUCCCGACUUCAAUGGAAUUGUGGUGACAGAGGUCAUUAGCCCCCUUGGCAGCCAUCACCCAGUUCUGUUGGCGUUCAUUGGCCAGGUUUACCAAAAUUCAAGGAAGGAUGGACAUCAACACGACAAGAUGGACACCGGGGCCAUAAAGUCAAUCGCCGCAGGUCUCCAAGCGCAGCUGUCCGCUGUCCUACCAUCCCAUAUGCUUCCAACCGCCUAUAUACCUACUGAAGACAUGUAUAUGACGGCGACUGGCAAGGCUGACCGCCGCCGGAUACGCCAGACGUAUUCAUUAUUGAAAUUGGAACAAAUCAUUGCAUUGGGCUCGGCAACACAUGAGCGACGACAGCCUCAAACGUCCCAAGAACGGCGGUUGCAAUCUCUUUGGGCAAGCGUGCUUGGUCUUGAUACGAACCGUAUCGGAUUGGACGAUGACUUUUUCCGCAUGGGCGGCGAUUCUAUUGGAGCGAUGAAACUUGUCGGUCAAGCUCGAGAACAAGGCUUUUCCUUGACCAUUGUGGACAUUUUUACCCAUCCGCGCCUGGAACAGCUUGCCAAGUUACUGGUCAAGAAGGAUGAAGGCCACCAGAUGAGUAUUCCCCCAUUUUCCCUGCUUGGCGCCGCUGUGGAUAGAGACUUGGCCGUACAAAGUGCCGCAUCGCUGUGUAGGAUCGAGCCCGACCAGAUCGAAGACAUUUUUGGAUGCACGCCCUUGCAAGAAGGUCUUCUAGCAAUGACGGCUCUGCAUUCCGGACACUAUACUGGUCAAUUUGUCUAUGAAUUGCCGUCCAAUGUCGACCUGGAUCGAUUCGCCAGAGCCUGUGAACAAGUCACGGUAGAUGCAUCCAUAUUACGAACCCGCAUCGUUGAUCUGAAAGGAGCUGGCCUCGUGCAGGUGGUCAUCAAGGAUCCAGCACCAUGCAUCAGGACAGACAACCUGGAAGAAUACCUGGAAGCAGACAAGAAAGAGCCAAUGGGGCUUGGGACCGCUCUCACAAAGUUUGCUCUUGCCACCAACCCUAAUGGCCCUAAGGUGCAUUUUGUAUGGACCAUCCACCAUGCAUUAUACGACGGAUGGUCGAUGCCCUUGCUUCUAAAGGCGAUUGAUCAGACGUACCGAGGCGACUCAUGUUCUCUCUCGACGCCGUUUCAGCGAUUUAUACAAUACGUCGCCAGCGUGGAUGAACAAGCAGGAACCAAUUUCUGGCGCCAACAAUUAGAGGGCUCGGAUGCACCUCAGUUCCCUCUUUUGCCUUCAAAGAAUUAUCACCCAACCGCCGACAGCAGGUUGGAUCAUGAAAUCACCUGGAAAGAGUACGGCGCCAGUGAGUUUACCGUCUCGACAUUGGUCCGCACAGCGUGGGCAAUCCUGGCAGCGCGGCAUACCGAUUCAGAUGAAGCCGUAUUUGGCACAACCUUGACAGGGCGACAGGCAGCUGUUGAAGGUGUCGAACUCAUAAUGGGCCCGACUUUUGCCACUGUUCCAGUGCGCGUGUCAAUCGACCAGACCACCAGCCUGCAUGAUUUAAUGCUCAAGGUACAAAAUCAGGCAGCGCAAAUGAUUCCAUUCGAGCAAAUGGGACUUCAAAACAUUCGAAAGAUUUGCAAUGACACUGAAUGGAAGGGCGAUUUUCAGACACUGCUAGUGGUGCAUCCUGAGAAAAGAGACUUGGAUGAUGCAAGCCUAUUCUGUCAGUUGCAACACCCCGACAAAAGCAACGGGGGCGAGAAGGAUUCUUUCGCUACAAAUGCGUUGGAAAUUGAGUGUUUCAUAAAAAAAAGCGGCGUGGACUUGCGCAUUACGUUUGAUUCUGCCAUUGUGCCACGACCGCAAGCGAAGAGACUCGCUCAGCAGUUUGAUCACUUGUUGCAACAACUUCGCUCUGACCAAAACAGGCAAAGGAGCAUUGAAAGUCUCAACAUGGUCGGAAAGAAAGAUCUACUUGAUAUCUGGAAUUGGAACGCUACCAUACCAGCUUCUGUUGAAUCAUCAGUGCCAAAACUCCUGGCGGAAACCUUUCACCAGAAACCAAGCAAGACGGCCAUUUGUGCUUGGGACGGAGAGUUCACUUAUGGAGAAUUGGACUCCCUUUCGACACAAUUAGCUCAUUGCCUUAUUGACGAAUUUGGCAUUGGCCCGGACAUCCUCGUUCCACUGCUAUUCGAAAAGUCAAAGUGGGCGCCAGUUGCCAUAUUGGGAACAAUAAAAGCCGGCGGUACAUGUGUGCCAAUGGAUCCUUCGCAGGCAGAAGACACAUUGAAACGGAUCGUGGAGCAGGUAAACCCAAAGGUCAUUCUGUCCUCCUCAUCCAAUGAGCUGCUCGCCAAGCAGCUUUGUGCUGGAGUCCAGGUUGUCAACAUACAUGACGCUUUGCAACGCACCAAGAAGCGUAACAAUGCUAACACAGCAAUCAGUCCUGAUAACAUGUUAUAUGUCAUCUUCACUUCUGGCAGUACAGGAGCACCAAAGGGCGCUGUCGUCAAUCAUCGAAAUUUCUGCAGCGCCAUGAAGCAUCAACUAUCACCACUAGGAUACACUUCAGAGCACCGCGUAUAUGAUUUCUCGUCCUAUGCCUUUGAUGUUGCUUGGUCCAAUCUUUUGUAUACUUUGUAUGCUGGUGGCUGUGUGUGCAUCCCUUCAGAGCUAGAUCGAAAGCGCGAUCUCACCGGCUCCAUCCAAAGACUGGGAGCAACAUAUUUGGACCUUACACCGUCUGUUGCUGAGCUGCUCUCCCACUCACAGGUCCCAAGUGUCACGCACGUGGUGUUUGGAGGAGAGGCACUUACCGAAGCUGCCUAUUCCCACUGGCCAGAACAUGUCCGGCUCAUCAACGUUUAUGGACCAUCUGAAUGCACAAUCAAUAGCACAUCGACCAUAAUCAACCCCAAUGAGAAGCACCAGCGUGGGAUUGGAAAUGGUAUUGGUGCCGCGACAUGGAUUGUUGCAAGCAAUGGUGAGCUAGCUCCCAUUGGCGCAGUUGGGGAGCUCUGGCUUGAAGGCCCCAUUGUCGGAGCAGGUUACUUGAGCAGCCCGACAGAGACAUUGGCGGCGUUUGUCGAGAAUCCAUCGUGGCUACUCCAAGGAGACGGUUCUACACGUCCAGGGCGAACAGGUCGCCUGUACAAGACGGGAGACCUGGUCAGGUAUAAUCCUGACGGCUCUCUUGGGUUUGUUGGCCGCAAGGACACGCAGGUCAAAAUCCGUGGCCAACGCGUCGAGCUCACUGCAGUUGAAGACUACAUGUAUCAGUUGCUCCGUGAAUCCUCUUCAGGGCCACCAGAGCGCAGAGGUGUCAGCAAAGCGUCUGACGUUGCCCUUGUGGCUGAAGUGAUUACGGCAAAAGACCGAAAUCAACCUGCGCUUGUACUAUUCAUUUAUCCAGGCGAGAGCUUUGUCAAGACAGAGCGCGAAUGUUUUCAAGAAGUUGGUCAGAUCGCUGCCUUUUUGAUGAAAGGAUUGGCUGAGUCGGCGCCUCUAUAUAUGCUUCCUAGCGCCUUCUUACCUUUACAGGAACUACCCAAACUGAACUCUCAAAAGGUGAACCGUCGCGAACUCCGCGCCACUUGUUCCUCGCUCACAUGGGACGCCAUUGCCGCACGGAAUGCGCUGAGCAAAGCUACACACGUGCGACGAGUUCCAAAAACCAAGGCAGAAGUACAAAUUCAGGCCCUGUGGGCUAGGAUCUUGGAAUUGGAUGCCGUUUCCAUCAGUCUCGAUGACAAUUUCCUACAACUUGGUGGUGACUCGAUCAAAGCAAUGCGACUGGCCUCUGCUGCGAGGGAAGAGGGCCUCCUCCUCCAUGUCGCAGACAUUCUACGAUAUCCAAACCUUGCCGAAGUGGCGAAUCAUGCAGAGACAGACCACGGCCUCGAUGAUAAAGAUUUCCGCCCAUUUUCCUUGUUGGGCUCCGAUUCGGACGUGGACAAUAUCAAAUGCAAUGUACUGCCACUAUACAAAACAACGAAGAUUCAAGACAUUUUCCACUGUACACCCCUUCAGGCCGGCCUCUUUGCACUGAGCAUGCAGAAUGAAGCCAACUAUAUAGCCCGUUUCAUUGAGGAAUUGCAUCCUGAUGUCGACACCUCACGUUUCAUCAAUGCAUGGAACCGCACAACCGAGAGCUCACCUAUACUGCGAACAAGCUUUGUCCAGCUACCAGAAGGUGGUAUCUACCAGGUAGUGACAGAGCCACAGCAUUGCUGGCAAUUCGGGAGCGAUCUCGAUACAUACAUUGAACAGGACAAGGUCCGCACAAUGGGUCUAACAGAACCGCUCUCACGGACAGGUCUUGUUCAAGACUGCAAAUCAGGCAAACGAUUUUUCGUCUGGACUGUACAUCACGCUUUAUACGAUGCAUGGUCGUUGAAGCUCCUGUUCGACAUGGUCCAGGAGACCUACGAGCGUGAAUCCAGCUCGACUCUAGUCCCGUUCCAAGCCUUUGUCAAGCAUGUGGUCAUGAUUGAUGAUGCCUCGGCCAACGAAUUUUGGACGCGGCAAUUUGAGAGAUUGGAAACACAGCCAUUUCCGUCUUUGCCCACCUCGACAUAUACUCCACGCAUCGAUCAGAACCUCAGAUACCAGGUGCAAGGUCUUUCAUGGAGCCAAAACAGCUUCACAGCAUCAACCAACAUUAGAUCGGCAUGGAGCGUCCUUGCUGCGAAGCGCAAUGCUGCAAGCUCUGCGGUAUUUGGAUCACUGGUUUCGGGGCGACAAGCUCCAGUGGCUGGAAUAGACCGGAUCAUGGCGCCCACAAUCGCAACGGUACCGAUCCAUGUCACGUUUGACUGGGACCAGACGAUUAGGGAUUUGUUGAAAGCUGUGCAGGGCCAAGCAGCUGACAUGAUUGCCUUUGAACAAACUGGUCUCCAGCGCAUACGAUGCAUCAGCGAGCGUGCCAAGAUGGCAUGUGAAUUCCAAACAUUGCUGGUUGUUCAACCGGCUAGGCUGGAGUCGGACGGGUCGAGCCUCUUUGUGCCCAAGGACGAGCACUUGGUCGAUGACGACGAUGAGACCAUGACAAACUUUAGUACUUAUGCGCUCACAAUCCAAUGUGAGUUGGAGGAGCAGGGCAUGCGUAUCCUAGCCAGUUUCGACUCUUCGGUAUUGGAAGAGUUGGUAGUACGUCGCAUGCUCCAGCAAUUCGAACAUAUCUUGCAACAGAUAACGGCAGAAAAGUAUCAGACGACGGCAGUGAGCGACAUGAGUUUUGAAAGCUCACAAGACUUGCACGACAUUAUGCAAUGGAACGAAACAGUACCAGCACCAGCCGACACAUGCAUACAUGAUCUUAUCACGCAAAUGACGCGCCGGCAACCCGAGGCUCCCGCGGUCGAUGCAUGGGAUGGACAAGCGACCUAUGAAGGUCUCGAUAGCCUGUCGAAUCAACUAGCGCAGCAUCUUAUUGAUCUGGGAGUGGGACCAGAAGUGACAAUCCCAGUGUGCUUUGAAAAGUCCAUGUGGAUGCCGGUGACGAUGCUUGGCAUCAUGAAAGCUGGUGCCGCCUUUGUCCCGGUCGAUGUCGGUCAGGCGGAAGGCCGGGCGCGAUUGAUUCUUGAAAGUUUACAGCCCAAGCUCGUUCUCACCUCCAAGAAAUACCGAGACUUUGCUCGGAACCAAGGCUACCAUACAGUUGCACCGGAAGAUGUUCUCAGUUGCGGUGCAACAGAGGGUAUGGAUACACUCGGCAACGUGGAAGUGACUCCUCAAUCAGCUGCAUAUAUCAUUUUCACGUCGGGAAGCACCGGAGUACCAAAAGGCGUAGUCAUGGAGCAUGGCGCAGCGUGUACAAGUCUUUUGGCCCAUGGAGCCGAAUUGCGUCUGAGCCCGACUACGCGAUUCUUCCAAUUUGCAUCAUAUGCAUUUGAUGCCUGUAUUAUGGAAACAUUGACGAAUCUCAUCCAUGGGGGUUGUAUCUGUAUUCCACCAGAAGAAUCAAAGCUUGAACGAUUGGCAGAGAGUAUCAAUGAGAUGAGGGCCAACACAUUGUUUGCAACUCCAUCCGUCGCGCGUAUUUUGCAGCCGGAUCAGGUUCCAAGCCUCAGCACCCUCGCUAUAGGGGGAGAGUAUGUGUCGCUCACAGAUACUCAAAGAUGGAUGCACCUUCCCCGUCUCUUGGAGGUUUAUGGGCCGACGGAAUGCGCAGUCUUGAGCGUCAUGCAACUUUUGACCGGAAAUAGCGUACCUGCGCAAACUAUCGGCAGAGGUGUUGGUUGUGCAACGUGGGUGGUGGAUCCAGAAAACCACAAUAGCCUCACACCCAUCGGAGCAGUUGGCGAGCUGCUGAUCGAAGGCAAUAUCCUUGCCAGAGGGUAUCUCCACGACGAGCUUCGGACUGCAGCAGCUUUUGUGGAAAAUCCGUCAUUUUUGGCAGAGGCCGGACGACGUGGCCGUCUUUACAAGACCGGAGAUCUUGUUCGAUAUAACCCCGACGGCACGCUGAUAUGUGUCGGGCGCAAAGAUAACCAAGUGAAAAUGAAUGGCCAGCGCGUGGAACUGGGUGAGAUUGAAUACCACGUAGGACAACUUUUGGCCAGCCCUUCAGCAGCUCACGGCAGUGGCAUUGAGCUGGCGGUAGAAAUCAUCAAGGCCGGAGAUGCUACUCAACCCAUGCUAGUCGCUUUCAUCUGUCCGGGAAAGUCUGCUCUUCUGCCAGCAGACGAGUGCGCCGUGAAAGUGCGAGAAAUGACAGCUGGCUUGGCUGACAAGCUAGCGAAAGUCAUUCCACUUCACAUGAUCCCCAGCGUUUACAUCCCUUUGCAGAGUAUGCCCAUGAUGAUGACUGGAAAGCUGGACCGCAAAGCUUUGCGAUGCAAAGGAAGCUCAUUCACCAGAUCCGAAUUGGCGGCCAUGAGCAUGCAAACCGACACGCCGAAACGACUGCCUACAAGUCAAAUGGAACGCGACUUGGCACAAAUAUGGGCACGGAUUUUGAAUGUCAACACCGAGAUUGGCUUGGACGACAACUUCUUCAGCUUGGGCGGUGACUCCAUCUCUGCCAUGCAGGUCUCGUCGGCAGCACGCUCAAAGGGUUACCACAUUCCUACCAGGGACUUCAAGUCCAAGAACACCAUUGCAAAGCUUUGCAACUCAGUAGUCGUUCAAAGCGAAGCAGCUCGCCCCUUGGUCCCGAGCAAGGCUACUCAUUCUGGUGGCCACUUUAGUCUUUCACCAAUCCAGAGGUUUCAUUUUGAGACAAGGCCAGAAGGCCCCGAUUGGGCGGAUCUUCCAUUCUACCUUCGAAUCACCAAUCGCAUAGAGUCUGGAUUGAUGUACGAUGCUCUUCACCAACUGGUGGAAAGACACCCAAUGCUGCGGGCUCGCUUCAGCCGCAGUGAGGCGGCCGGCGAAUGGAUGCAGUAUGUCUGCGAAAGUACAAAAGACUCUCUCUUGUUCAAACGAUUCGAUGAGACUAGCGAAACACAAAAGGCUGCUCUCAUUGCAGAGUGCCGUGCUAGCAUUGACAUUGAGAAUGGACCCUCUUUCGUGGCUGCUCUUUUCGAAGACCACCAGGAGCAGACCUUGUUCCUCACAACCCAUCACCUGGUCAUAGACUUUGUGUCGUGGCGAUUAAUUUUUCAGGACUUGGAGGAUUUCCUGACACGAGGAGAGUUUAUUACUCUCCCCAUCACAUCCUUUGAGGAGUGGUGCCGGCUGCAGAAAGAUUACGCGGCCAAAACCCUAGAGCCCACGGAUGCGCUGAACCACGUGCCAUACCCACAACCUGCGGAUUACUGGGGAACAGAAGACGCGAAACCGGGCAAGGAAUCGUACACUAGAAAGCAGUUCUAUCUUGAUGAUGCCACCAGCUCAGCCGUCCUUGGUUCUCGCAGCGCAGAUCUGCAAGCACGGCCUCAUGAACUGAUGAUGGGAGCUCUGAGCUACUCUUUCAGCCGCGUUUUCCAGGAUCGUCCUCUCCCACGAAUCUUUACUGAAAGUCACGGCCGUGAAGCUUGGGAGGACUCAAUCGACCUAUCUCAGACGGUCGGCUGGUUCACGACCGUCUUUCCUGUACAGAUUCACGUAGGGCCAGAGGACAGUGUGGUUGACUUUGUCUCGAAGACGAGGGACAGCCUACGCAACACGCCCCGUCAGGGUUGGUCUUACUUUGCAUCCAAGUACCUCAACGAAAAUGGCCGCAAGGCCUUUUCCCAAGAUCACAUGGAAAUCAACUUCAACUUCCUGGGGCAGUUCCAGCAGCUAGAACGCGAAUCGUCUCUGCUAGAAUCAGUGAACCUCCCGGACAAUUGCAAACCAGUCGGGAUGGCGCCCAUAGACACUGUCGGCACAAUCGAUGUCGUCAUCUUCAUUGAGAGGGGUCAGGUCCAUGCCGACUUCAAGUACAACAGCCGAGUCCGUUAUCGAGACCGAAUCGAGGCUUGGAUCCAGAUGUUCAAGGAGACUUUGGUGAAAAUGGCAAAGACUGUGUAG